CUAUAAAUACGACUCCAGACCCUCUCAUUUCUUCAUACAAAUCACUCUCAGAAACAUUCGAUCCAAAAUUAUAUCAAAAGAUGGCAACACACAAUGUUCUACUCAAAAACGCUCUCAUGAUUUUCCUCUUCACUUUAACCAUCAUGACAGAAACCGCAUUUUCUCAGAACUGCGGUAAAACCGGUUGUAAAGGCAACAUGUGCUGCAGCAGAUGGGGAUAUUGUGGCACCACAAACGCUUACUGCGGCACGGGAUGUCAGAGUGGACCUUGCAAAUCCAAACCUAAACCUACUCCAACACCCAGCGGUAGCGGCGGUCUAAACGCUGGUCCUCGCGGUACCAUAGCAAGCGUUGUUACCCCAGCGUUCUUCAACGGCAUCAUGAGUAAAGUCGGACGUGGUUGCCCAGCCAAAGGGUUCUACACUCGCCAGGCGUUCAUCGCGGCCGCUCAAUCGUUUGCAGCCUACAAAGGAACCGUUGCCAAGCGUGAGAUUGCAGCCAUGUUGGCUCAGUUCUCUCACGAAUCUGGAAGUUUCUGCUACAAAGAAGAAAUAGCUAGGGGAAGGUACUGCUCACCGAGCACAACGUACCCAUGUCAACCGGGCAAGAAUUACUACGGUCGUGGUCCAAUCCAAAUCACAUGGAACUACAACUACGGUGCAGCCGGGAAGUUUCUUGGACUUCCUCUCUUGAAGGAUCCAGAUAUGGUGGCUCGUAGCCCAACCGUGGCUUUCAAAUGUGCCAUGUGGUUUUGGAACAAAAAUGUGCGUCCGGUUUUGAGCCGAGGAUUUGGAGCCACCACGAGGAGGAUCAAUGGCGGUGAGUGUGACGGUGGACGUCCAGCCGCAGUGCAGAGUAGGGUUAACCAUUACUUGGAUUUCUGCAAGAAGCUUGGGGUCACUCCUGGAACCAACCUCAAAUGUUGAAGACACUACUAGUCAAUGUGGGGUUUCAAGUAUUGAAGUAUGUGUGGGUUAAAGUGUCGAAUAAUAAAGAGAAGUCAUAUACUAUGUUGUGUGUGUACGGUAUGUAAUGUUGUGUUGUGUUGUGUUUAUAGAAUCACACAAUCAAUAACAAGAAGUCCUUCUCUUAUUAAUCACUCAAUUCUUAAGUAUCAAAUCACAAGAUCAAUCACACACACAAAUCGUUAGAGAUGUAAUACCACAAGCAUCUCUAUAUAUAAGACUAGGUCUUUCCUAAUCCUAUUAGAAACAAACUUUCCUUAUUUCCUAAUCCUAUUACAAUUUCCAUAUUUCACUAGGAUUAGGAUAGCUUGGCUCUCAAGCUAUUGUCAAGCUUAGUCCAACAUUCUCCCCCUUAAGCUUGAUUCCAUCUUCACUCACAACAUGAACUCCAAUGAGACUCCUAAUCUCUUUGAAUCGAAUUCUACUAAGAGCCUUUGUAAGUAUGUCAGCUCUUUGUUCAUUCCCCGGUACAUGUUCGACUUCAAUUUGUUCAUUCUCCACACAUUCUCUAAUAAAAUGAAAUCUCCGAUGAAUAUGCUUACUACGACCAUGAAAGACCGGGUUCCUUGAAAGCGAGAUUGCAGACUUGUUAUCAACCCUCACGAUCACUUUAUUACAAACAUUUCCCAUGACUUCACUCAUGAGCUCCUGAAGCCAUAUUGCUUGUUUAGCAGCCUCCGUUGCUGCCAUAAAUUCAGCCUCACAUGAUGAUAACGCCACGAUCUCUUGUUUUUGAGAGCACCACGUGAUUGGACUUUGAUCCAAGUAGAAAACAUGUCCAGUUGUGCUCUUGCCAUCAUCUUCAUCAACAUUGUGUGAACUAUCGCUAUAGCCAAUUAAUUCCCGUGUGAGGGAUCGAGUAUAGCGUAGACCAAGUGUUGUUGUACCACGGAGGUACCGAAGAACGCCCUUCAAAGCCGCACCAUGAGACACUUUUGGCUCUUGCAUGUAUCGACUAAGCACUCCUACACUAUAAGAAAGAUCAGGUCGGGUGUGAAGCAAGUACCGAAGACAUCCUAUGCAUCUCCUAUACUCUCUCUCGUCAAUACCCUUCUCAAGACCUGAUUUGGAUAGUCGGAUAUUUACUUCCAUAGGUACAUGAGUAAGAUUACAAUUACCCAUACCAGCUUCUUCUAAAAUCUUUCGAGCAUAUUUAUCUUGAGACAACACCACACCUCCAUCGUAUUGGAGCACUUCAAUGCCUAGAUAGUAGGUUAACCUUCCUAAGUCACUCAUCUCGAACUUGCUUGCCAUCUCUUGUUUAAACUCAAACGUGGAUUUCAAGGAAGAUCCUGUCACGAGCAAGUCGUCAACGUACACGCACACUAGUAAUAACCCCUUUGGAUCUUGUCGUCUGUAUAGUGAAGGCUCUUUAGAGCAACGAGUAAAACCAAACUCCUUUAGAAUUCGGUUUAGUUUGAUGUUCCAUGCUCUAGGAGCCUGCCUUAGACCAUAGAGAGCUUUGUUGAGUUUAUACACUUUCUCUUCCUUCCCUUUGAUCUCAAAACCUUCAGGUUGUCUUACAUAUACUUCUUCUUUUAACUCUCCAUGCAAGAAUGCUGUCUUUACGUCCAAGUGAUGUAUCUCCCAUCCGUAUGAAGCUGCAAGCGCGACCACAAGUCUAAUGGUUUCAAUCCGAGCUACUGGUGCAAACACCUCGUCAUAAUCAAUGCCAUGUCUCUGUACGUAUCCUUUUGCUACCAACCUUGCUUUGUACUUGCUGAUACUCCCAUCUGCAUUCCUUUUUAUCUUGAACACCCAUUUCAAACCUAUCGGUUUAAAUCCUUUUGGCAAGUCUACAAGUAUCCAUGUGUUAUUUUUCUCGAUGGAAAAUAUCUCUUCCUUACACGCCUCAACCCACACGUCAAGCUCUUUGGCCUCAUUAAAAUCCCAUGGUUCAUUGUUUAUAACCAUCAAGAGCUUCUCGCACUCUGCUUCUGCGAAGAGGAUAUAAUCCUCUAGAUAUGAUGGAGUGCUUGUUGCUCUUGAAGAUCGUCUCAGUCCUGGCUGAGUAUUUUCAUCUUCUUCAUCAUGCUCAUCACCUUCGUCUUCCUCAUUCUCGACGUCAGUAUCAUCUGCUUCGCUUAUUGCUUCAGUCGCUUGUUGACCUCCCGUGUCUUUUAUCGGUAAAAGACCAAACUCAAACAUACUAUCAUCUGUUUCUUUCUCUGUCUCAUCUUUGUUCCACCUCCAUUGCUUAUCUUCAACAAAAUAUACGUCACGACUAACCAUUAUCCUUUGAUUGGAGGGAUCGAGUAGCCUGUAGGCCUUAGAGCCCGGCUCUGUUCCUAGGUGUAUCAACGCUUUAGAUCGAUCAUCGAGCUUCUUUCUACCGGCUUCAUUGGUUCGUGCGUAACAUACACAGCCAUAAACUUUAAGAUGACUAAGGUUUGGUCGUUUAUUCCGCAAAGCUUCGUAUGGAGUUUGUCCCAUAAGAGACCUAGUUGCAAUCCUAUUGAUUAAAUAGGUUGCAUGUCUUACUGUUUCUCCCCACAAGUACUUUGGUAAACUCAUGUGCUUAAGUAAGCUUCGAGUCAUCUCAAAGAGCGUACGAUUUCGUCGUUCGACUACUCCGUUCUGCUGUGGUGAGUAUGGAGCCGUCAUGUGUCUAUUGAUUUUGUUUUCAUCGCAGUAGAUCAUGAACUCUUGUGACAUGAACUCUCCUCCUCUAUCUGUUCGAAAUGUUUUCACUAAUGUCUUGGUUUCUUGUUCCGCAAGUCCUUUAAACACUUUGAACUUCUCAAACGCUUCGUUCUUCUCUUUGAGAAGUAUAGUCCACAUGUAGCGUGUACAAUCAUCUAUUAGUACGAACACAUAGCGCUUCUUUCCUGGUGUGGCGGGUGAUAUAGGUCCACAUAAGUCUCCGUGCACAAGUUCAAGUGGAGUCGUUGCUCUGAACGAAGUUGCUUGGGGAAAGGGUUGUCUCGUCUGCUUUCCAAGUAAACAGGCAACACAAGUUUCUUUCUCGACAGUUAUAUGUGGGAUGCCUUCGACCAACUCUUUGUUUAUCAUCAUCUUCAUCGUCUCUAUCGCAACAUGUCCCAACCGUGCGUGCCACUUUGAUGACUCCGUAGCACCUGAGAUAAGUAAACAUUGCACAGUAUCUGCGAGCAAGUUUACUUUAUACAAUCGGUUUCUUGAUCGUGUGGUCUUCACCAUUAAGGCUCCGGUUUUAUCAUAGAGGAAGAGAACAUCAUCUUUCAUUCUUACUUCACAACCUACUUCGGUGGCUUGACCUAAACUCAAAAUAUUACUUCGCAAGCCCGGUAUAUAGUAAACGUUGUUUAGUAUCUUCUUUUCUCCUCCUUUAAGAACAAAACGGAUUGAUCCUUUUCCUUUUAUAUCGAUACGUGAGUCGUCUCCGAACUUAACCUUUCCUGUCACUCCCUCGUUGAGCUGGAAGAAAAAUAGUCGGUUCCCACUCAUGUGGUUGCUAGCACCGUUGUCAAGAUACCACAGAUUUUCCAUUCCUUGCUCGUCCUCGAAGUUGUUUGGCUUCACUUUUUCUUCAUUAAGAUAUACUACUUCAUGCAUCAUAAGUUCGUCCGCUUCUUGUGUAUCUCCUUCCUUCUUCUCGGUAGUUUCUUGGAGUUUAAGAAGCUUGUCAGGACAGUUACUUGCGUAAUGUCCUUGCUUAUCACAUGCAAAACACGUAAUGUGGCUGGUAUCUCUGUUUUGACCUUGUUUAUAAGCGUCUCUUUGUGCAUAGAACCCGCUGUUACGUCCUCGACCUCGACCUCUCCAGGUUCCUCGUCCACCUCUACCUCGUCCUCCUCGUCCAUAGCCAUCUUGUGACGAAUCACUGUUAGCAUAUAAUAAUUUUCCAUGAUCGUCUUGUUGUUCUUCUUCAUCUUCUUUUAUUCGCUCUUCGUAGGCUUUUAGUCGACCCACGAUAUCCUCAAAGCUCGUCAUGUUUAGAUCAAGAACCUGCUCAAGUGAUGCGACAAUAUGAAUGUAUUUUCUUCUUGGUAGACUUUUCAAAAACUUCUUGACGAUCUUCGGUUCCUCAAUGAUUUCUCCUAAGGAAGCUGACUUUGAUGUUAUCUCCGAAAGUUUCCCUACGAAUGAGUCAAUGGUGUCUUCGUCUUUCAUCUUAAUUCUGUCAAAUUCAGCCAUUAGUGUUUGUAAACGCGCUUCACGUACUCUCUCAGCACCGACAUGUCUUGCUUUGAUAGCCUCCCAUACCCCUUUGGCUGUAUCGAGAUCACCGACUUGUAAUGUUAGAGCCUCAGGGAUGGAUUGAAAGAGCAAAGCUAUAGCCAUGUCGUUCUUUUCUUCAUGUUUGCUUCCAGGUUCAAUAGCCUCCCAUACUUUGUUAACUUUGAGCGCAAUUUUCAUUCGCAUGGCCCAGACAGUGUAGUUUGUAGAGGUUAGCAUCGGGAAUUUGAUGGACGAUGGUCCAGUUGUUUUGAUCUUCAGUUCAGUUUCUUCUUCUUCCUUCAUAUCGGCCAUAGUUGUCUUCUCCGUAGGAUCGAUCGGUUUGCUUUAAUGCCUUAGGCUCUGAUACCAAUUAUAGAAUCACACAAUCAAUAACAAGAAGUCCUUCUCUUAUUAAUCACUCAAUUCUUAAGUAUCAAAUCACAAGAUCAAUCACACACACAAAUCGUUAGAGAUGUAAUACCACAAGCAUCUCUAUAUAUAAGACUAGGUCUUUCCUAAUCCUAUUAGAAACAAACUUUCCUUAUUUCCUAAUCCUAUUACAAUUUCCAUAUUUCACUAGGAUUAGGAUAGCUUGGCUCUCAAGCUAUUGUCAAGCUUAGUCCAACAGUGUUGUGUUGUACCCGCUAUCAUAUAAGUGAUACAAACGAAACUAUAUCUCAUUAUCUAAUAAAAGUAUUUCCUUGUUUACA